AUGGGAGAAGGUGUUGAAGUGGAAGACAGCCUUGAGCUGGAGUAUGACAUGUGGGAUGGACAGUUUGACUUCGUGGGGCCCCAGGACCCUCCGAUUCUUCGACCGAGAAUCACUUCGGACACAAGUCUAACAGAAGAGUUGUUCAGUGGGAGUCCAGUAACACCACAUCUGAGCAACGGAUUGAACGGUGGCAAGAAGACUGCGGCCCAUCAGUGGUGUGAUAAUCUUACUGACCAACUCAACAAUAAUUGUUGA